UCUCUCUCUCUCUCGUUCUCUCUCUCAGUGUAUUGCACAGCGUCGUCUCUGUACCGGGUGGUGGAGUCAGAGGGCAGCGUCAGAGCUAAAUCCUGUGUUGACCUGGUGGUGCGCCACCUGGAUGUGUCCCCCCGUCACUGGGGCCGCAGGGACCGCUUCCGUCUGGAGGUGAAGGGAGGAGGCCAGGUGGGAACACGGGAGAUCUGGGCGGAGCUUAGAGGAGGAGGAGAGGAGGAGGGAGGAGGAGGAGGGGAGGAAAGAAGGAGAGGAGGCAGCCAACAGAGGACGCUGCCCCCUCAGAUUCCUCUCUCUCCUCUGCUGGUGCCAACAAACGCACAGCUACAGCUGCCUACCUGCACAGCAGUGCGUAGUGCUUCUCAGUGGGUGGUCUGUGUGACGGUGGCAGUCCUGUGUGUCGCUGUGUUGAUGCUCCCCCUGCAGACUGAGAGCAGUCCUGUGGUUCCACGCUGCCUCCAUGUGUCCACCAAUCAGAAGCUGGUCUGUGCCUACACACUAGGCCUCCUGACCAUGGUGUUUCUACGGUAACCAGUGUUUGACAGCUGACGCCACGUUGAUGUUUGACCUCUACCCCUCCUGGAUCAGAUGGUCGUCAUGAACUCCACACUCAUGAAUGUAGUUUAACAGGAGAUCAACCUUUAUUUAAACUGGACAAAGACACGGUGGACACUCAGAGCCAGAGAACGUCACAUGACCGACCUCUGACCGUGUCUGUUUCUGUUUCCAUCGUUUAUUUUCUGUUCUAGUUUUACUCUGAAUAAAGGAGGAAUGAGCAUUC